GGGGGUCGGACUGUAUGUUUUAACGAUAAGUCCGCGGUGACACUGCUCAGCUGUUUGCCCUUCGAAAUUAAAAAGUCAACAGGUUCGCAGUGCAAAUCAAAUAAGUGGAAAAACAUGGCAAAAGAAAUUUCAUUGGCUACAGUCAAGAAGCACAACAAGGCUGAUGAUCUCUGGAUAGUUAUCGAAAAUAAAGUCUAUGACGUCACCAAGUUUCGGCUCGAGCAUCCCGGUGGUGAGGACUCGCUCGUAGAUGUGGCUGGUCGUGAUGGCACCAAGGAGUUCAUCGACGUGGGCCACAGCCUAGAGGCCAGGGAGAUUAUGAAAAAGUUUUAUAUUGGCGAUUUGGCGGCCGCUGAUAUCAAAAAGAACAGCCCAAUUAGCUGAUUCCACACCGCAUAUCUCUGUAUCUCUUCCCACCUAAGAAAUACCAUCCGGCCGUUACACCUCGCCUUUUCCGGACUGAGACCAUUCGCGUGUCAGGGGUCGGUCAGCCCCUGGAUGCCACAGAUUUUCACUAAUACCUUAUACCUCUCUGGACACUGGCAGAGUGGCACUCACGCCUUUAGACUGUCAAUCCCUCCCUCCUGUUGGAACGCGGAAGAGGAGGAACUUGCUUUGCACUACGGCGAAUGGAAGAAACCUUUGCAUGCGGCUUCAGAAAGAUUUCUGUUCUUCACAAUUGCUUUUGCUGAUGGGUGCAUCAGAGAGAUGUGGGUGCGCUCCAUUGGAUAACAGAGAUUGAGUCAGAGUGAGGUGAGAAAAUUUAGGAUGUACUCGUAUAUGGGGGUCGCCAGUUUGGAUGAUCUGUGCCAAGAAGGACGUGCUCUUUGGCAUGCCUGAAUGGGAGAGAGCGCAAUCCUUUCAAGUUGCAGAAACCCAGCACCCGAGAAGGAUCGGAGAAGUUACAUUGCUCUAGCACGAGAGAAGAUAUGAUCUGCGUUUGCAUCCAACAGAUAAGUUCUACAUACAUAUAUGUAUAUUUGACUCAAAAUUAACAAUAUUUUUUAUAAAUUUUGUCUCAAUCUGUACGCAGCUUCGUUUCAGGGUCUGGUGGUACAAGUUUUGAAAUAAUAUUAACAAUAAAUUUUCAGAACAGAUGCGAGAUUUUUCUAAUAAAUUUUUGCUUGAAUGAU